AUGCGGCCUGUGAAUAAGAAUCGGGCCACCCAAUACCUAGCGGAUAAAGUUCCUCUGCUCGAACAACCACCUGAUACUGAAGCAGCGGUGCCAUCACUACCUGAGCUCAAAUCCAAGCCCAAAGAAACUGACCCAUCCACAGCGCGCCUAGGUAAAAGGCCUGCUACUCCUUCGCUCGCAGACUCGAGUCGUAAGAUUAUCCGCGGCCCGCAACGAGCCUUGGCUCUUCCGGUGACUAGCCGGUCAGGGAACAGUGCGGGUUCAGAUCUGGUUAUACGAGCGGAGCCUCCAGAGGAUACUUUCAAGAAAUACUAUGAAUGCGACUUGGCUGGCACUGUUUCUGUGUGUGUCCGGCGCUCCGGCCACCGUGCUGUUUGGGCGAUUCGUCAGUAUCCCUGCAGUGAUGCCGACAGAAUCCUGGAGAUUCUCCGUUCCACACGCCAUAAAAACGUGGUGUCCGUUUGGGAGUGUUUCCGCACCCCGGAUGCCCUUUACACUCUCAGCAAAUUCCACCCGCUCACCCUAGACCAUAUCGUUGCCUGCAAAGCCUUCCCAGACCAGCAGCAGCUGGCUGCCAUUAUGUCCCAGGUUGUUGAUGGAUUAUCGUAUCUCGUCACUCAGAAUCUCCAGCAUAGCUCCAUGGAUUGCUCCAGCAUCCUCAUGAAUCUUGAGGGAGAGAUCCAAAUCGCACGGAUUGAUUGCUUUGCCGUCCGGCCGGGGGGUAGGGUCCGAGCGGACGACUUGGCUCCCGUCGCCCGGGUUAUGAUGCAACUGAUGCAGAAAUACGUUAAAGAUGACGGGGCCGUUGGGAUUGACAAUCUCGAUCGGUGGCGGAAUUGCUCGGCUGCUCUUGAAUUUCUCUCCGCAACGACGUCAGCGGGUUCAUUCGAGGAAUUGAAAAGGCGUCUCUUGACGAAAAUUCACUGGUCUCCCGGAGAUCUUAUUGGCUUGGCAUGGUUUGCUCUAAUAUCUGCGCGUACAUUCUACUCGUGCGCGCCGGAUGAUGAUGAAUAA